GGUGGCUACUGCAGGGCUUAUACCGACAAGCUCAGGAGGGAACAUAGUAGCAGCAGUUCUGAAAAGAUGCUGGGUUUGGAAUGGGCUCAUCUUGGCCACCCCCUCCGGUUGCCCCAGAUCUCUGCCCCUUAAGUCAGACCCUCAGUGCCCCCCUAAUGGCACCCUAUAGUCCCCCCUCCUACUCCUAGCUAUGGUGCAGCUUGGCAGGAAGCUAGCUGUCGGCAGCCCCAUCCUGAUUACCCUGUGCCUCCCCCGUGGGCACAGUCACCCACACGUGCCAUGACGUUGUUGUUCCUGCCACCCAGUCUAGUGUGUAUUGGUGGAGUGGGGGGGAGAUGCAUUGUCUGGAUGACCCUUCAGGUCUGUUUGGGAAACAGUGACCCAGUUUGCAGUUAAUCAGCUCCCCAUCCUCUAAAGCCAUUGGCUUUUUGAAACUGGCUCUGCCUUCUGGGAACCCCCUUCCCAACCUUGGGUCACCUCUUGCCCAAACCGUAGGGUCUCUGAUGGCCUGGUCCUCCUAGCUUCCAUGUGCAGAUCCCUGUACCUCAAGACGGUUGAACGGGGCAGGACUUGGAAGGGUGGGUGGUCUGGGGACCUCGUGGGAUCUUUCUGGAAGCUGUGUCUGGGAUGUGACGUGAUGGACAUCUAGACAAGUUAAUCCUAUAAAUGGGGUAAUCUCCACUCGCCUAUCACCCACACCCCUGCCUGGUAGUGGUGAUUUUCAGAGUGUGGGAAGCUGGCAUGGCCCUUGGCGAGAUGACUGGGGUUGUCUUAAUUUACUGGGUUUUGGGAAAGGAAGUGUGGCAACUGAUACCCAGGCUCCCAGGGCUUUGGCUGCACAUCCUCUCUGACGCCUGCUGUCUUUCCUCCUGCUGCUCCUCUUUCCACCCUCCGGCUGCUGUCUGGAGCCCACACGGUGUCACAAGACAUGCCCCCCGCACCUGCCUAGCCGGGACCCAUUCAGGACCAGCAUUCUCUUUUGGCAUCCUGAAAGCCAACUCUGGACCUUCCCAGGCAAGCUCUCAGAACUGUUUGACCAACGGACCGGCCUGUGGAAUAUCCCCAACCCACCUGGCCCCCAGCCGGGGGGACAGGGAGCUGCAGAAGACUGAGAUUAUUAGCCUGCUGACCAGGACAGAAGGGGGUGGGGUGGGCUGACCACCCAAACCCCCUUCGGGCCCAGGCCCCAUGCCCCGAGGAGGGGCGGCCUGAAGCCCGCCAGAGCCUACACCGGACUGUUUGCCUGCCUUGCUGACGGUGGCCACUUGGCAUGGCCAGCAAUAGUAGCUCCUGCCCGACACCUGGGGGUGGGCACCUCAAUGGGUACCCAGUACCCCCCUACGCCUUCUUCUUCCCCCCUAUGCUGGGGGGCCUCUCUCCACCAGGCGCUCUAACCACUCUUCAGCACCAGCUUCCAGUUAGCGGAUACAGCACACCAUCCCCAGCCACCAUCGAGACCCAGAGUAGCAGCUCGGAGGAGAUCGUGCCCAGCCCCCCCUCCCCACCUCCCCUUCCCCGCAUCUACAAGCCGUGCUUUGUCUGCCAGGACAAAUCCUCAGGCUACCACUAUGGGGUCAGCGCCUGCGAGGGCUGCAAGGGCUUCUUCCGCCGCAGUAUCCAGAAGAACAUGGUGUACACGUGUCACCGUGACAAGAACUGCAUCAUCAACAAGGUGACCCGGAACCGCUGCCAGUACUGCCGGCUGCAGAAGUGCUUCGAAGUGGGCAUGUCCAAGGAAUCUGUGCGGAACGACCGGAACAAGAAAAAGAAGGAGGUGCCCAAGCCCGAGUGCUCUGAGAGCUACACGCUGACGCCCGAGGUCGGGGAGCUCAUCGAGAAGGUGCGCAAAGCGCACCAGGAGACCUUCCCCGCCCUCUGCCAGCUGGGCAAGUACACUACGAACAACAGCUCAGAACAACGUGUCUCUCUGGACAUUGACCUCUGGGACAAGUUCAGUGAACUCUCCACCAAGUGCAUCAUUAAGACCGUGGAGUUCGCCAAGCAGCUGCCCGGCUUCACCACCCUCACCAUCGCCGACCAGAUCACGCUCCUCAAGGCGGCCUGCCUGGACAUCCUGAUCCUGCGGAUCUGCACGCGGUACACGCCUGAGCAGGACACCAUGACCUUCUCAGACGGGCUGACCCUGAACCGGACCCAGAUGCACAACGCUGGCUUCGGACCCCUCACCGACUUGGUCUUUGCCUUCGCUAACCAGCUGCUGCCCCUGGAGAUGGACGAUGCCGAGACCGGGCUGCUCAGUGCCAUCUGCCUUAUCUGUGGAGACCGACAGGACCUGGAGCAGCCAGACCGGGUGGACAUGCUGCAGGAGCCGCUGCUCGAGGCGCUGAAGGUCUACGUGCGCAAGCGGAGGCCCAGCCGCCCCCACAUGUUCCCCAAGAUGCUGAUGAAGAUCACAGACCUGCGAAGCAUCAGCGCAAAGGGGGCUGAGCGGGUGAUUACGCUGAAGAUGGAGAUCCCGGGCUCCAUGCCACCCCUCAUCCAGGAGAUGCUGGAGAACUCGGAGGGCCUGGACACUCUGGGCAGCCAGCAGGGCGGCCCUGGAAGGGACGAGGGCGGCCUGGGGCCCCCGCCCGGCAGCUGUAGUCCCAGCCUCAGCCCCAGUUCCACCCGGAGCAGCCCGGCCACCCACUCCCCGUGACCACCCCUGUGCUCUGUGGACAUGGCCCUCGCUCCCACGCCACCCCGGCUUCUCUCUGCCUUUCUGCCGACCGACCAUGCGCCCCCUGCCAGCCCUGUCCCCCACUGUGGGGCAUGGGUUGGGGUGCCUUCCCCAGAAGGCAGGAGGAAAAAGGCAGCAACUCCUCGGACCAGACCGAGGCCUGUGUCCCGGACGGACAGACGUCGGGGGCGAAGCUGUGACCUGAGUGGAGCCCCGGGCUUGGCCCCAGGAUGGGGGUGCCUCGUGUGGCUCGGGACAGCUGCCUGCCCACCUCGCACGUGUUCAUCACCAGCAAACACCCGGACCUGGCUCCCUGCCCGCCCAGCUCACAAAGCCAUCAUCACCCCCCUGGCCGGGGACUCGUGGGGUGGGCCGGGGUGGGCUUCCCUGUAUAUACCAUACCAACCCCAGGUAUUAAUUCUUGCUGGUUUUGUUUUUAUUUUAAUUUUUUUUGUUUUGAUUUUUUUUUAAAUAAGAAUUUUCAUUUUAAGCACAUUUAUACUGAAGGAAUUUGUGCUGUGUAUUGGGGGGAGCUGGAUCCAGAGCUGGGGGUGCGGGUCCUGGGGGAGGGGCGUGGCUCACAGGGGCUCCUGCUCUCCCGCCCACUCCUCACGCCCCCCAGCCCUCCCCCUCCUUUUCUCCUCCCUUUUCUCCUUAAAACUGUGAAAUGCUCGCUUCCCGAGGCCCAGCGCCCCUCCUCCAUGCCCCUUCCACCUCUUCCCAACCACUGAGUGGGGGCAGCCCGAGCAGGAGGGGCUCCUGGCCCUUGCACCUGCUGCACCCCCUGUGGUCUCUGGGCCGACCUCCUCACACCCCUCCCCUCAGGACCCAGCGUGUCCAUGCCCCUCUGCCCCACUGUGAAGGGGCCAGCUGGGGGUCGGGGAGGCCUGAGCUGCCCCAUGUCCUCCCUCACAGCACCAGCACCCCACGGGGUCCCCAGACACACACACAAUACACACACACACUGUGGACAGUAAAUGGCCCACCCUUGGCCUGAGUUCCUCCAUUUCCCUGGCCUGCCCCCCAUGCUCCCCACCUGCGCCCCCUCCUUGCCCCGCAGGACGGGCCUACAGGGGGGUCCCUCAGCCCCGUGUCCCUGCACCCCUGGGCUGGGAGGAGCUGGCUGUGCCCUGCCCUCCUCGCCCAGGGAGUGGGGUCUCCUGCCCCUGGAGCCCGCUGGUGCACCUGUUACUGUUGGACUUUCCACUGAGAUCUACUGGAUAAAGAAUAAAGUUCUAUUUAUUCUA